AUGGUCAGGACAACGGAUUUGCCUUUCACUACAGCAGUCUUGGAAUGCCAUAUGCCGUCAAAAUUUCAAUUGCCUCAGCUUGAGCCAUUUGACGGACUUAAGGACCCCCUAGACCACCUCAAUACCUUCAAGACGACACUAGGCUUUCAACAGCCUCCUAACAAAAUACUGUGUCGUUCCUUCCCCACUACUCUCAAAGGAGCUGCAAGGGAGUGGUUCACAAAGUUACCAACAUCGUCCAUCGACAACUUCGAGCAGUUGAGCAACGCCUUUUUGCGCCACUUCGUCGAGGGACAACGCCCGAAGAGGCUAGCAGACCACUUACUCACCAUUAGACAAGGGGAGAAAGAAAUCCUAAGGUCGUACGUGAAACACUUUACUCAGAAGACUCUGGAGGUAGACGAAGCUGACGACAAGGUGCAGUUGACGACCUUUAAAGCGGGAUUAAAGUCCAAAGAGUUCGUGGUUUCACUCACGAAGAAUACUCCUAAGACGAUGGUAGAGAUGCUCCUGAAGGUACAAAAGUACAUGAACGCUGAAGAUGCUUUAGCUGCCAUAAAGGGCAAGGAAAAGGCAAGAGACAAGGGAAGGAAGGAAGACGAUCGUAGAGGACGAAAAAGGGAGUGCUCAGGUCGUCAGACUAGUGACAGGAGUAAAAGGAAAGACAAAAAAACUCCUCGAACGGUAAAAUUCACUCUUUUAGUUAUGCCUGUUGACAAAAUUUUGGCGCAGAUUAAGGAUGAGCACUACCUUAAAUGGCCAAGGCUAUUACAUUCGUCGCCCAAUGUGUGUGACAAAAAGAAGUAUUACCGGUUCCACAAGGAUCACGGCCAUUACACAUAUGAUUGUAGGGACCUAAAUGAGUAG